GGUCUUCUCGCCUUGGUCGGAGUGUGCUCUGCACAGCUGUUUGCUUGGCCUAGCUCGUCAUACAGUCCCUACUACGCGAGGUACUACGCAGCUGCAUCAGCUCCUGUUCCAGUGGGACCCGCUCCAGUAGCUGCUGCUUAUCCAGCCAUGGCAGCACCACCUAUGGCUGCCGCCUAUGCCUCUCCACUGAGCCCUCCAGUAGCUGCAGGACCUGCUAUGGCAGCUGCCACCGCCAACGGUGCUCCACUUCUUACGGCUCCAGCUUUCGCAGCUCCCGCUUAUGCUGCUCCAGCCUAUGCCGCUCCGGCCUACGCAGCCUAUGCUACAGUCCCCAUGGCAGCAGCUCCUGUAGCCGCGGCUCCAGCUGUUGUUCCUGCAUACGCACCAUUCCGGGCAGCAGCCUACCUCAUUGGCUCCAACAAAGCUGCCGCC